AUGCUAAUAGACGACCCAAACAGGCUUGCCAGACCGGAGCUGAAGUACACGCCGCUGCGGCGCUUUCAUAACCCCAACCGCCAGUGGCCAGACAAAGCACUCACAAAACCUCCAAUCUGGUUGUCUACGGAUCUUCGAGAUGGUAACCAGUCACUUGUAAAUCCUAUGACUCUCGAGCAGAAGUGGGAUUUCUUCCAAAUGCUUGUGGCUAUUGGUUACACUGAACUCGAGGUAUGCUUCCCGGCCGCGUCUCAAGUAGAGUUCAACUUUACUCGCCGCCUCGUCGAGACGCCUGGGGCAGUGCCGGACGGGGUUCGCCUCAGAGGGCUGAGCCCUACCCGGCGCGACUUCUUGGCCAGGACAGUGGCCGCGUUGCGCGGGGCCAAGACCGCCUCAGUGUGCACCUACAUCUGUAUCAGCGACAAGCAGCUCAAGUACCAGGGCUUCACCCGCCAGCAGGCCGUCGACCAGGCCGUCGACUCGGUACGCUUUCUUCGGUCCAUCACCAAGGAUGACCCUGAAGCCGCCGCGGAGACCAAGUGGAGCAUGGCGUUCGGCCUGGAGUCCUUCAACGAGGCCGAUUUAGACUUUGCGACCUUGAUCACCGAGGCUGUCAAGGACGCCUGGGAGCCCACGGCCGAGGAGCCCAUGGUGGCGGUCAUCGCGUCCAGCACCGAGGUGGCCACCCCCAACGUGUUCGCCGACCAGGUCGAGCUAUUCAAGAGGUCACUGUCGGAGCCGGAGAAGGUCCUCAUCUCCAUCCACACGCACAACGAUAGAAGCGGAGCCGUGGCCUCGGCCGAGCUGGGCAUGCUCGCCGGCGCUGACAUGGUUGAGGGCUGCCUCUUUUCCAACGGCGAGCGCUGCGGCAACGCCGACCUGGUCACGCUGGCGCUCAACCUCUACUCACGAGGAGUCAGCCCUGGCCUGGACUUCUCCCGACUCCCCGAGGUCAAGAAGAAGUUCGAGGAGUUCACCGGGCUUACCGUGCCGCAACGAGCACCAUACGCCGGCGAAUUCGCCCUGCAAGCGUUCAGUGGCAGCCACCAGAACAUCAUCCGCAAAGGCAUUGCUCGCCGCGUCGAGGCGGCACAGGCUGGGGAGAAUAUCCUCUGGGACAUCCCAUAUCUUCCUCUCGAUCCAGAGGACAUAGGACUACCCCUCGACGAGAUCAUCCGCGUCAACUCGCAGAGCGGCAAGGCAGCGGCGGCGUGGGUGCUAAGCCGGCGCUGGGGACUCGAGAUUCCUCCCGAGCUGCAGGUUGACUUUGGAAAGCGUGUGCAAGGCCUCUGCGAGGCGCUCGCGAGGGAGAUCAGCCACCGGGAGGUACUUGAUCUCUUUGUCUCCAGCUAUUCCCCGACCGCUGGCGCGGCCGCUGGUCUCGCGGAUGCAAGGACGCCCGCCAUGGUUGUCUCUCGCGUUGGGACCAGAUACCACGUCUCGGGCACUGUCCGACCGGACGGGAGCAUAAUGAUCCCCCUGGACGGUUUUGGGGACGACAUACCCUCUGCCGUGCUUGCGGGGCUCCCACUCGCCCAGGGACUGCAUGCUUCUGUACCUACGAUCAACCACGAGCAGCCGCUCCGCUCUUCUCACCUCGGAUCGGGUCAAAUCGGCGCACUUGCCACCUGCUCGUCUGACGGAGAAGUGUUUUGGGGGUUCGGAGUCAAUUCGAACAGCGAGAGCGCCCAGGCUUCCGCCGUCUUAGCCGCAAUCAUGGAAUAUACCUGCUAA